UUGAAGACGUCACCACAUAUUGUCGCGCAGCCUUAUUAAACAUAUAAACUUAUAAGUUACUCAUGUUAAACAUACAGCUUCUUAUCCGAGUUCCACAAUAAAUAAAAUAUCAUAUAACCAACAUCAUCAAUCAAGGCAGUUAUGAAUUAAAGGAUUGUCAACAUUCAAAACACACAAUCGUCUUUGUUUUUUAAAAACAAAAUGUAUUUGGCAUUAAGAAAUUUUUAACGUCUAUAAAAUUUCGGACAUUCACUCUUAGCAAAAAUGCCGGGCAAGAAAGGUCAACCGAAAAAGAAAAAAGAAGUAGACUGGGCCGACGAGGAACAUUUCACCAAGGACCGUUCCAUGAUCUACAUAGAGCACACCUACGAGUGUCCCAUUUUCUCGACAAAGGCCGAUGAGUGUGGCGCAUUUUUGCAGCAUAGAAUACCAGAGCGAAAGUUCCAGUUGGUGAAGAAUCGAUAUGGGCACCAGGUUCCACGGGAAGGAGCCUUCGAGAUUGGCUUCUCGCAAAAUGCCCGCACCUCGGUGCAUCUGUUAUGGUCGGGCUUGGAUAAGGGUCCGCCGCGUCGGGACAAGUUUCCCUUGGACUAUGAGGCACUCGUGCCCGAAGUAAACAAGAUACUCAAGAAAUUCUAUCCCGACAAGGCAGUGGGUGUGUCCGAUGAGGAUGAGGACGAGGAAAAGGAUGACAUGUAAACAUUUGCAGCACUUUCAUUCUUCUUCAUCUUCUUGUUAUUCCCUUUUCACUUUUUCGAAAUUAUUAUAAAGUCGCUUUACCAUAA